UCUUCCACCCCCCACAUCCCUCCCCUCUGACUCUCCAUCAAUGCCACAUUUGACAGCUCCAAAAAUUCAUAUUUCAAAGUUUUGAAAAAAGCCUCAUUUCUUCUCCCCUAUCCCUCCAACAAAACCAGGAAUUUUUUUUUUCAGAUGGGCAAGAAAAUGAAGCUCCCUUUUCUCUCCAAGAACACAUCAGAGAUAUCAAGAUCUUCCUCUUCUUCUUCCUCCUCAUGGCCUUGGCCUUCUUGUACUCAAACCAGAACCAUUUCUUUCAGAACUGGCAAUGAUAUUUUCAAGACCAUAAACUCAGCCUACUUCGACACUACAAACCCUACAACAGAUUUGGCGUUGGUGGAUAGCACACCAGACUCGGUCUUCACGAACUCGUCAUCUUACGAGUGUCCCAGCUUCACCACCGCCUCUAAAGAUUCUAGAGGCGGUGGAGGAGCAGGAGGAGGGGACGCAAUAGAGAGUGUGAUUAAAGGGUUGAGGUCAGAGAGGCUCUUCUUUGAGCCAGCUGGUCAGACAAGCUCUGUGCUAGUGGAGGCGGCGCCGGCAGCACCAUAUGAUGAUGGUGGUAAUGGGGUUAAUAAUGUCAUUCCAUUCAAGGAGAGCGUGGCUCUGUCAAUGGACUCGGCAGACCCGAUUGUGGAUUUUAGAAAAUCUAUGGAGGAAAUGGUGGAAGCUCAUGGUUUGAAGGACUGGGAAAAUCUUGAAGAGCUUUUGUGCUGGUACUUGAGGGUGAAUGGUAAGGGCAAUCAUGGAUAUAUUGUUGGAGCUUUUGUUGAUCUCUUGGUAGGUCUAGCAUUUACCACCACUAGUAGUAAUUCUUGUUCUUGUGUUAUUAACUCUCCUUCUUCUCCCUUAUCUAAUUUUUACAAUAGUAUUACUACUUCUUCUUCGUCGCUGUCGUCGUCUUCUUCUUCUGCUACUACUCCUUGUGUUUCCUCCAUAGAAGAAGAGUCUGAAAGUACUGCCACUACUCCUUGUUUAUCUUCAUUGUUAGAAGGUGAAGAAGAUCAGAUUGAGGAAGAAGAAGCUGACGAGGACGACGAAGAUGAUGCUUCAUCUUCGCCAGUUAAUUAGUUGUUUUUUUUAUUCAAUGGAAAAUCAGAACAUAUGUAUACUAGUAGUAGUAGAAAUGAUAGUGAAAAAGCUUAAACUCUC